GCCUGUCCAUACUAAUAGAAUUCAUCAGUCUUUGCGAAACUAUCCGUCACUUCGUUCGUCAAGAUGUCUAGUUUCGACGUUUCAGGCAUGAAGGCAUCGCUUUCUGAUGCUGCCGCGCCCGCGCCUUCUGCUGGCAAGCAGGCCAGCCCCGACAAGAAGCCAGCCGGAGACUGGGGUAAGCCAGUCGCUUAUGACUACACUGAAGACGACAGUAGUCGCGUCUGGGGUGGCAACGCUGCCGUUUACACUUGGAAUGGCGAUGAGGGCGAUGUUGGCCCCGAGAACCCAUUGCUGGAAGCCGUACUUUUCGGCAAGGCCGGUGAGCGACGAGGCGCCGGUGUUGACUUUUCCAAGCUCGCUGAGAUCAAAGUCUAUCAGGUGGGCUCGAAGCGCAUUACCCCAAUCUUCGAGUUCAAGAAUGCUGGUCUUCACCCAAUCAUGCUCAACAACGUUGAGAUGGCUGGUUACCAGGUUCCCACGCCCAUCCAGAAAUACUGCAUCCCGGCCAUCAACUUGGGAUAUGACUUGAUCGCUGUUGCGCAGACUGGCUCUGGAAAAACCGCCGCGUACCUUGUUCCCAUUCUAAGCCGCAUUAUGGGAAAGGCCAAGAAGUUGGCCGCUCCUCGACCACACCCUGCUGAAUUCGACGCCGGAACGGCUCAGCCUGUGCGCGCUGAGCCUUUGAUCUUGGUGGUUUGCCCUACCCGAGAGCUAGCCAUCCAGAUCUUUGACGAAGCCCGCAAGUUCUGCUACCGUUCCAUGCUUCGACCGUGCGUCAUCUAUGGUGGAGGACCUAUUCGUGAUCAAGUCGAGCAGAUUGGCCGAGGCUGUGAUCUUCUGAUUGCCACCCCUGGUCGUCUCGUGGACAUCAUGAAGCGUCCACACAUUCUGAGUCUUCGUCGACUCAAAUACAUGGUCAUUGAUGAAGCUGACGAGUUGCUUGAUGACGAUUGGUCUGGACCUCUUGAGCAUAUUUUGACAGGUGGAGAGCAAGAUGAGGAGGCGGUCCAAUACAUGCUCUUCUCGGCCACAUUCCCCGCGAGUGUUCGCGCCCUUGCCAAAAAAUAUCUCUCUACGAACCAGAUUCGCAUUCGUGUUGGACGUAUCGGCAGUUCUCACAGCAACAUUAAGCAGGACAUCAUUUACGUGAAGCCGGCACUGAAGCGACAAGCCCUUUUUGAUCUCUUGUAUUCCAUUGAGCCUGGUCGAACGAUCAUCUUCGUAAACCAGAAACGUACUGCUGAUGAGAUUGACGACUUUCUCUUCCAGCAGGGCCUCCCGUGUACCUCUAUGCACUCUGAUCGCACCCAGCGAGAGCGAGAGGACGCUAUGCGAGCUUUCCGAGCUGGAAAGUCUCCUCUACUUAUUGCUACUGGUGUGUCAGCACGUGGAAUCGAUGUGCGUAACGUGGUUCAUGUUAUCAACUAUGAUCUUCCUUCGGUUGAUCACGGUGGGAUUCAGGAAUACACUCAUCGCAUUGGCCGAACCGGUCGCAUCGGAUACACCGGUAUUGCUACGUCCUUCUACACCGAUCGUGAUGAGCCCCUCGCCGAAGACCUCACGAAGGUUCUCAUGGAGACUCGACAAGUUGUCCCAGACUUUCUCCGCCAAUAUAUUCCCGAGAAUUGCGAUCCGGACAACUUUGUCCAUGAAGAUGACAACAGUGAUGACGAGGCUCUCGCAAGUGGUGCCAGUGCCGGUGCCAGUAAUGGGGCUGAUGAUGACGGCUGGGGCGGCGGCGGAGGCGGCGGCGGAGGUGUUAGCUUCUCAGUUCCUGCCGAGGCUAAUACUGAAAUCGAUAAAAGUGGUUACUCACAGAUCGAGUGGUAG